UUUGAUGGUGUUCAAUAUUAAAAUUUGUGGAUUGGACUAUUACUUUGUGAUUCGUUAAAAAUUAAUUCUGAAAUCGAAAAGUUAAUUUAGUAUUACUAAAAUGCCUGACGUGUCUCAAGACGUUUAUGAAACAUUGAAUCCUGCAGAUCCUCCAAUACCGGCAGAGGUGAUAAGGGCUAGAGCAAACUCAUCGUGCAGGGUUUUAUUCACAGGAUCUGGACUAAUACCGGAUAAAAGUAUGAAUUCUUCAAUUAGUCGCGUCAGCAACGAUUUGGAAGCAGGAUACAAAACUUCCACCGAUCAGAGGGAAAAUAUGCACAGGAUCUUUGUCAAUCGCAGUCUGCAUUUAGAAAAUAUAAAGUUUUAUGGAUUUGAUAUGGAUUAUACUUUGGCAGAAUAUAAAUCGCCGCAAUAUGAAUGUCUUGGAUUCAACCUGAUUAAGGAACGCAUGGUUAGCCUUGGCUAUCCACAAGAAAUAACCGAAUUUGAAUAUGAUCCAUCAUUUCCUGUUAGAGGAUUGUGGUUCGACACAUUGUAUGGUAAUCUUUUAAAAGUGGAUGCCUAUGGUAAUAUUCUAGUAUGUGUUCACGGAUUUGAAUUUUUAAAACCGUCCCAAGUAUAUGAACUCUACCCGAAUAAAUUUUUACAAUUAGAUGAAUCACGAGUAUACGUAUUGAACACAUUAUUCAAUCUUCCAGAAACAUAUUUGCUAGCAUGCCUAAUUGACUAUUUCACGAAUUCUAAGCAAUAUACGAGAGAAUCUACCGGUGUAAGAGCUGGUAAUUUAUUCAUGUCGUUCAAGUCUAUAUUCCAAGAUGUACGCGGAGCGGUGGACUGGGUGCACAUUCAAGGAGAUUUGAAACGCAGGACGGUCGAAAAUUUAGAUCAAUAUGUGAAAAAAGACAUUCGAUUACCAAUGGUUUUGAGCAGGAUACGAGAAAGUGGAGCUAAAGUUUUCUUAUUGACAAAUAGUGACUACAACUUUACGGAUAGAAUAAUGACACAUCUAUUUGAUUUUUCUCAUGGAGCACGACCAGACGAUCCUCAUCGAGACUGGAAAACUUACUUUGACGUAAUAGUGGUAGAUGCACACAAACCUCUUUUCUUUGGUGAAGGUACAAUUUUGCGUCAGGUUGACACUCGAACAGGAUCGUUAAAAGUGGGCACGCAUAUGGGACCAUUACAACCUGGUCAAGUCUAUAGUGGCGGAUCGAGUGAUGUAUUUACUGAACUUAUAGGAGCUAAAGGUAAAGAUGUUUUGUACAUAGGCGAUCAUAUCUUUGGCGAUAUUUUAAAAUCAAAAAAGAUUCGUGGUUGGAGAACAUUUCUGGUCGUUCCUGAAUUAGUUCACGAGCUACAUGUUUGGACAGAUAAAUGCCAACUUUUUGAAGAUCUUCAAAAUCUAGAUGUGAUGCUCGGAGAUGUCUACAAAGAUUUGGAUUCAAGUAAUAAAGAAAAACCGGACAUAAGCAAACUUCGUAAUUCCAUAAGAGACGUUACACAUAAAAUGGAUUUAGCAUAUGGCAUGAUGGGCUCUCUGUUUAGGUCCGGUUCACGACAGACCUUCUUCUCAUCUCAAGUCGUAAGAUAUGCAGAUCUGUAUGCGGCAACAUUCUCUAAUUUGAUUUACUACCCCUUCUCAUUCAUGUUUCGAGCGCCAUCAAUGCUUCUUCCACAUGAAUCAACUGUAGCACACGAGCAAAGCUUUAUUAUGGAUCCCAAGAUGGUAUCAUCGAGAACAAGAAACGCGAACGACUUGGAUAAUACAGCUACGCCCGGAAAGAUAUUGGAACGCAUGAAUUCGCAGAUUCCGCAUCAUAGACCAGAAACACCACGCUCCGUAACUCAUAACCACGAUGAAGAUUGUUCGGACGAUGAAGACAAAAAAUCGCUCGACAAGAAUCAAGAGAAUUGAAUAUCUAUUCUAUUUCGAAAAUAAAUGCUUAUCAAAUAGUAUAUUUAUUAUGCAAGGAAAGAUGAAAUAGAUUCAAUUUCUUGAUUUCUACAAAUCGCGCA